AUGGGCGGCAGACCCAGCAAGAGCACUCCUCAGCCUCAAGCCCCCGGUAGCUGGAGCGCGAAUGACAUUCCGUCUCAAAAGGGCAAGACCGUGAUCGUCACGGGGGCCAACUCGGGCAUCGGCUUCAUCACAGCGUUGGAGCUCGCUCGUAGAGGAGCGCACGUGGUGCUGGCCUGCCGCAACCGAGAGCGCGGCCUCAAAGCUGAACUCGAUAUCAAGGCAGAGCUUGCAGGCGUUCCUGGCGCUGGGUCGGUCAAGUUCAUGCUGUUGGACGUGAGUGACUUGAGUAGCGUCCACAAGUUCUGCGAGGACUCCAAGAGGACACACACUGGACUGGAUCUGCUUAUCAACAACGCUGGGAUCGUGGGCGGAUCGUACACCAAGACCAUCGACGGGUACGAGCUGCAGUUCGCCACCAACUACCUGGGCCACUUCGCGUUGACGGCUCAGCUCUUCGACCUGCUCAAGAAAAGCAAAUCGGCGCGGGUCGUCACUGUGAGCAGCCUCCUGCAUCGACACGCCACUUUCAUCUACGACCAGGACAAGAUCAUGGCCUGCAACGAAAAGGAGUACGGGCAGAUCAGCUCGUACAUGGUAUCAAAGUUGUGCAACCUCCUGUUCACCAUUGAGCUGGAUCGUCGCCUGAAAGCUGCGGGGAUCCACAACGUCGUCGCGGCUGCGGCGCACCCUGGGUACUGCAACACCAAGAUCCACGCAAAAGGGGCCGAUACGAACCGAGACAGUUGGUUGUGGUGGCUGAUGUACCGCAGCGUUGGCGUGGCGGCGGUGCAGAGUCCGCAGAAGGGGGCUUUGCCGACGCUGUACGCUGCUACGUCGUACAAUGUUCAGGGCGGAGACUACUACGGACCCAAGUACCUGGAGUUGUAUGGCUCUCCGACGCGCGAGGAUCCGUCGGACCUCAGCAAGUCCGAGGUCGCCGCCAACAAGCUAUGGGCGUUUAGCGAGAAACUCACCCACCUCACAUUCGAUGUGACCAAGUGA